CUGGAACCCUAACGACCUGGAGGUAUUCCGACGGCCUUUGUGUCUUAUAAGUGCGGAUGCAUCAAAUGUGUUAAAGCUGGAAAUGGGGACCAUUGGGCAGAUAGAAAAAAUCGACUGGCCAUUGGUAAUUGUGUCUGUUGUCGGGCUUUACAGAACUGGAAAGUCUUAUCUCAUGAACCGCUUGGCUGAGUCAACUAAAGGAUUUGCCUUGGGAGAUACUAUCGAAUCAACAACAAAAGGCAUUUGGGUUUGGUGUAAAAUCCAUCCUGAAAUGCCAAACACAGUUUUGCUACUGCUGGAUACCGAAGGACUUGGAGACGUUGACAAGGGCGACCCCAGUCACGACAACAAAAUUUUCACCCUGGCGACACUUCUGUGCAACUGUCUUGUUUAUAAUAUGAAGGGUGCCUUCGAUCAGGAUGCCGUUAACAAGCUAACAUUUGUUACGGAAAUGGCGAAAAAUAUCCGAUAUCGCGGAGAAUCAUCGGAGGAUAACAAAACUCUAAACCUGAUUCUGCCGGACUUUGUUCUUUGUUUGAGAGAUUUUAGUCUGAAAUUAUCAAAGGGUGGUAAAAAGAUUACAGAAGAUGAAUAUCUUGAACAAAGUCUUGCUGAGAAGAAGGGCAAAGAAGAAAAGUUCAAUAAACCAAGGGAAUGUAUCAGAAAAUAUUUUCCACAGCGAAAUGCUUUACACUUCCAGUGCCGGGGAUGGGGACGUGCUUGAAAAUCUUGAAACUCUGCAGUUUACCGAUUUAUCUGACAAAUUCAAAGAGGCCACGAUGCGGUUUGUAUCGUACGUAUACAGCAAACAACCUAAAGAACUGCUCACUAGCAAACCAGUCAAUGGACAAAUGUUUGCAAUCUUGGCAACCCGUUAUGUGACAGCAAUUAUACACGGCGCGGUUCCCGAUGUGGAUGAUGCUUUUCUUGCUGUAGCAAAAAUAGAAAAUGCAAGAGUUGGUAGGGAAGCUGUAGAAAUAUUUGAUACACAAAUGAAUAAGAUUGUAUUGCCUGUCACUGCCAUAUUAUUGGAAAAAUGCUACACGAGUGCUCAACAAAAAGCAUUGAAAUACUUGCGGGAAAACGUCGUACACGAUAAGGAUGCACAAUGUGAGAAUCAAGCGCAG